UCAAAGACGAGGGGCGAGAGGGUCGCAAUGAUAAUUCUCCUUAGGUCAGCUCUUCUCUUCCAUUCAUUAGAUUCAAACUUUCCUUUACCGGUAAUCUGCGGCACUCAUUUCCGACCAUCGGAGGUCGGCCUUCUCGCCGGUAAUUCCCUGCAUUGCACUCGAAGCUCCAGCCACCGUAUAAGUCUUUUUGUUGCAGGGCAGUAAAAAGAAUAUGAGUAAAAAAUACAAGAGAGAGAUGAAAAGGAAGCGAAGAAAGAAAGAAAGAAAGAAAGAAAAAAAAAAAAAGAGACAAGAAAGGAAAAGAGGAUUUCAACCCCCAAGUGAUAAAGGAAACUCAAUGAGCUGGCAGAAUUCCUACAAUUAAAGUGUUUGAAUACCAUUUCAUUGUCAGGCGUUUCACUUUGGAGGACUACACAAUCCUGUGGUUGAGCGUUUCCAUUUGAGGAGAUAGUUGUUACAUUCAGAGGAGAUUGGAAUGAAUGAUUUUCAUUUCUUACAGAGAGAAACUAGAGGAUAGGUGUGAGAUCAUAGGAGAGCUAAAUGGUCAUGUUAUGACUGAUAAAUUUCUCUUCUAACAAUUGGAAAUCUUUAUAAUGGGUGUGAAGUAUCUUGGUUGGUUAGAAAGAAAGACUCGCUAUUGAACAGGAGAGGUGGUGCUGAGUUUGAACAUUGGGCUCUAUUUAGAAAGACAUCUUGAUGAUUGAGAUUAAUCUUAGGCCUCCAUUUUCAGUGUGGAUUGCUGCGAUUGCAUGCCCUGUUUAGGUUACAACUAAUAUGAUUGUGUGAAUCCUCGAAAUCCCAGGUGCAGAUCUGGGACACUGAUGUGGGCUCUGCCUUUUGGUUUUGUCACCCUAAACUUGUCAUAAUCGGUCGACUGACUGGGGUUACGCUGCUUUGGUUCUGUGGACUGAGUCAACUCGGUGACUCGGUGUCUAUUGUUGGCAUCAACUCAGAUCGAGUCGUUUGGAAAGAUCGAGUCAGGAGUUGGGCACAGGCAGAACCGUACGGCCAUGCCGUCGGUGGGAAUGAGGCGGACCACAAGGGUGUUUGGGGUGGUGAAGGGUGCGGAUGGUGCACGGGUUCUGCGCUCUGGGAGACGUUUAUGGCCAGAAUCUGGUGAGCCUAAGCCCAAGAGGCCCAAUGAUGGUGAUGAGUAUUGCCAGUUGAAGAAAAACUCGCAAAAAAAGGAUGGAAUUGGAGCUGCAGCCAGGAAUUGCAAGGUCAAUGGCGCUGUGGAUGAAGUUCCUGUGAACGAAUCUCUGAAAACGGAAGUGGAACCCAGGGAAGAUGGAGGGAGGAAAGAUAGGAUGUAUGGGCUUGUCUAUACUCGAAAAAGGAAGAGAACUGAGGUUGGUAAUUUUCUGACGGUUUCACAGGAUAAGAAGUAUGGCUUACAGUUUUCUCGCAGGCAAACGAGGAAGACCAAGAACUAUGGCAGUGGAAGAUUGAGGGGUUUUGAUAGGGCAGCAGUUCCAGUUCAUGUUGAAGUGUCUCCUGUGUUCUGUUUUCUUGUUAAUAAUAAUGGAGGUAACUGUGGUUGGAGCUGGUGGUUUUCCUGUUUAUUGAGUUUGAUUUUGGGGUACAUGAAAAGGGCAAAGGUCAGGCUGCCAGAGCUUGCUGCAUUUCUAAUGUCUCAGCCUAUAUCGGGUGUUUACUGUUCAAAUGGUGUCAAAAUCGUUUUGGGUUCUGCUAAUGGCACUGGAGUUUGCAAGUUUUUUGGGGCUGGGAGGUUUUCACCUUUGUUUUCAGUGGAUUUUUUUGCAGUGCCCCAUUAUUUUAUGUACAUCCAUUAUAGCAUGCUUAAUGCAUUGAAGGUUCUCCAGUAUGAUCCUGUAAAUAACUUGAUUGAUGAGGACUCAGAUGAUGAAAUGAUGACAUUCAUUGAAACACAGCAGACAUGCAUGUCUUCACUUAGCAACAGUAGAAGUAUCACACUUGAUCUUGAUAGUCCUGGGAACAAGGUUGUGUUACAUUCAUCCAUUAGAGCUUCCAAACUAGCUAGUCAACGCAAUCAAUAUAAAACUGGUUUGAGCUCUCGCGGUAUACAGAAGAGGAGGAGUUCAUUGAGGAGGAAGAGAGCUAGAAAUCCUUCACUGGGUGGUGUACACAAAGCUAGUGGAGCUCUGCUUUCUGAUUUGAUCAGUAGUAGGAGAAAUGGCAUUCCUUUUUCUUCUGUAGUUUCUAAAAACAAGCUUAGGAGUUCAGUUCGUGGUAGCUCUGGUGCAAACUUACAAGAGUUGAAUUCUACCAUCGUGGGUUUGGCAAGGGAUGUUGAUUUAUCCUGCUGUUCUGCAAGUAUAUUGGUUAUUGGAACAGACAGGUGUUACAGGGAAGAAGGAGCUGUUGUUAUGCCAGAGCUCAGUUCUUCAAAAGAGUGGCUUCUUGUGGUCAAGAAGGAUGGUGUAGUUAAGUACAUGCACAAGGCACAAAAAGUUAUGAGAACCUGUGCUAUCAACCGUUUCACUCAUGCUGUAAUAUGGACUGGGGACGAAAAUUGGAAGCUUGAGUUUUCCAAUCGGCAUGAGUGGCAUGUUUUCAAGGAACUGUACAAGGAAUGCUUGGACCGCAAUGUGCCUUCUUCUUCAGUUAAGGUCAUCCCUGUCCCUGGAGUAAGAGAAGUGCCAGGCUUUGAGGAUUUAGCUAGUGUGUCUUUUCGGAGGCCAGAAUCAUAUAUCUCUGUGAAAGCGGAUGAGUUAUCUAGAGCAAUGGCAAAGAGGACAGCAAUUUAUGACAUGGAUUCUGAAGAUGAGGAAUGGCGCAAGGAGUUCAAUAAUGAGUAUUUCACUGGAAGUAACCUUCUUGAACAUCUUUCGGAAGAUAGGUUUGAGCUAAUGAUUGAUGCCUUUGAGAAAGCUCAUCAUUUUAGUCCUGAAGAUUUCUCUAAUGAGAAAGCAGCUUCUAAGCUUUGCCUUGAUCUGGGUAGGAGGGAAGUAGUAGAAGCUGUGUGUAGUUACUGGUUGAAAAAAAAGGAGCAGAGACAUUCCCCACUGCUUAGGAUUUUUCAGGCUUAUGAAGAUGAAAAAGCUCCACUGGUUCACAAACCAGUUUUGCGUAAAAGGAGGUCAUUCAAACGGCAGGCAAGCCAUGGGAGAGGCAAACAGCCUAGUUUUUUGCAAGCAAUGGCAACUGAGCAAGAUGCAGCAGCAGAAGAACAAAAUGCCUUGCGAAAUGUUGAAGCAGCCAAAGUUUCUGCAAAGAGGUCUGUGGAAUCAGCUUCAAAGAAACGGAAAAGAGCUCAGUUACUAAUGGAGAAUGCUAGUAUGUCAACCUACAAGGCCAUGAUGGCACUUAGAAUUGCUGAAGCUGCUCGAGUUGGUGAGUCUUCGGAUGCUGCAGGUGCUAUCCUUUUCGAUUGGGAGUAAUAUUUAGCCUAUUUUAUUCAUAUAACACAGCCACAGCCACAGCCCCAGUUGAUUUUGAAGCAUAUGGGGGACAGACUACCUGUUAGUAGGAGAAUAUUGCAACUUUGUAUAGAUUAGAAAUUGAUGUACAUUCUGUAUGAUUGUGACCUCAGCUCAAAUGUUGAAGUAGGUAGUUGGUUUAUUUUCUUAAUGGAGGGAAAAAAAUCAAAUUGAAAGAGAAUUACAGAAAAUUUCCAGCCAAUGUGUGAGAGAUAAUUAAAUGUUUAUUUUGCCGUAUCUGCACGGUAAUUCUCUCUCUUCACUUCUGUUGGUAAUCAUGCAUGGUUCAAAAUGAUGAUUAAGGUUGUUGUAAUCCCCAGUUUGUAUUUUGGAAUUACUGCCAAUGUCUGGUGAUUUUGUUUUCUUAAGUUCGGUUUUGGGCACAUUAUAAAGGCAAAGGUGAGGU